AAACAUUCGAUACCGAGUAAGUCGUCCGCACAGAUUGUCCGCGUUCGCUUUAUACGUGCGACCGACAGUACGGACUUUGGCGCGGUCGUUAUAAUAAUAAUAAUAAUAAGCUGUAGCCUAGUGUGGAAAAUAUUGACAGCGAUCGGAAGGGAAGAUAAUAAUAAUAUUUUAUAUUAUACACAUACAAGCGUGUGUGUGUGUGUGUGUUUGUGUGCACCCAUACGGUGACCGUGAGCGUGAAAGGAUACAAUAUCACAUAGAAUAACAUUAUCAGACAGUCAUUCGGAAGACGCGCGACCGAGCCAGGAUCGGUAGUCGGUGCCAGCGUGCGAUUAUGUACAAACUAGUGUCGGGUAUUGUGCUCUUGAACGCAGCUCUCGCUUCGUCGGCGUCCACAAACCAAAACAGUUUCAGCAAUGACACUGUCGUCACGGCUUCUACCCUCAACGACCGAGAAAAUUUCGCGAUCAGCAAUUUUAACAGCAGCAAUUUGGUCCAAUGCGAAAACGCCAGUCAUUCGAUCGAUGACUUCCCGCCGGACUACUUCACAGAUGAACAAAGACGACACGGCGCUGUUCUCGUACACAUUUUGGUGGCUUUUUACGGAUUCGUUUUCAUAGCGUUCGUUUGUAACGAUUACUUCUUGCCGUCAGUAUUUUGCAUAUGUUUAGAUUUAGGUAUUUCACCAGACGUGGCCGGAGCGACGUUCAUGGCCACGGCCACGUGCGCCCCAGAGCUUUUCGUCAGCGUCAUCGGCACGUUCCUGACAGAGUCCGAUCUGGGCGUCGGCACGGUCGUGGGAAGCGCGGUGUACAAUACGUUGGGCGUUUCGGCGUGCGCCGGACUGGCGGCCAGGAAGGCCAUCGAGUUGGAAAAGUGGCCACUAAUCCGGGACAGUGGCGUAUACGUGGUGUCUGUUAUGAUUCUGGCCGCCGUCGUCGUAGACGGCGUGAUCAUGUGGUACGAGGCGUUCCUAAUGCUAGUCAUGUAUUUCGGGUACUUUCUGUUGAUGUUCACUCAGGGAAAGCUCAAGACAGCCGCUAAAAAGUUGAAAAACAAAAACUCAUUUCGAUCCUCAACAAAUUCAGUGAAACCACCGGCGUUUGACAUUGGGUAUGGCGUUUACCGUUCAUUUUAUUUUACCGAGUAUGUUCCACCAGCAAAACCUAACCAAACAUCGGUGACUUCAAAAAAUGGCAAUCCGGCGGACGAAGGAGAGCAAGUUUCUCCCAUAUGGAAAAGACCAAAAGGCAACGCUCUGGCAACCACGUGGUGGUUGUUUUCACUGCCUGUGGCGUUUUUGUUAGGAAUGACGAUACCAGAUUGCCGGACCAAACGGAAAGUCUAUCCGUUAACGUUCAUAAUGUGCAUCAUAUGGAUAGGCAUUAGCUCGUACCUAGUGUCUUGGAUGUUAACUAUAUGUGGAGAUACGUUUCAUAUUAGCGACAUCGUGAUGGGCAUAGCGGUGUUGGCAGCCGGCGGGAGUAUACCCGAAGCCGUAUCCAGUGUAAUAAAUGCACUUAAUGGAGUUGGAUCUAUGAGUAUCAGCAACGCUCUUGGUGGUAAUACAUUAGACAUUUUGCUAUGUCUGGGCCUACCGUGGUACAUCAAAACAUUGUUGCCAGCAUCCAUGAAUGGUGGACCAGUAAAAAUGGAGUCAAGCGAUUUGUUUUUCAACUGUAUGUGUAUGAUUGUCAGCGUCGUGGUGUUAAAUUUUGCAGCUGCUGCUAACGGAUUUAAAAUGUAUAAAACUUUUGGGAUCAUAUGCCUUGUUGGUCACGUAGUCAUCAUUACAACGUUUAUAAUAAUUGGGCUAAAUUUCGUUAAAGCACCGGUUGAAGGACAAUGCUUAAAUUGAUUGGUCGAAUGAUGGUGUAAUAUUUAAUUUAUAUAAAUUAAAUGUAACAUGAAAACAUUCAAAUGGUUUCUUAAAUACAUAAAACAACUUAAAUGUACUUCAUUUCAACUCUUGCUUGCAAGUCAAUAGAAAUAUUAGACAAUAGUAAAUUUUUAUUACAUAAUAUCAUAAUAAUCAGUUAAUACAUUUCAUUAAUUUGCUGUGCCAAAAUUAAAUUUACUAUUUAAAUUUUAUAAGAUAUUAUACGUUUAAUACAAAUAUU